AGUUGCCAUGGAAUACUGGACAUUAGCCUUUCAUCCGUGGAACGUUUGCACCGCCAUAAUAUAUACCCCAUCGUCUUGCUGCUCAAGUUCCGCCAUCAUAAGCAGAUCCGUGAAGUUUGUGAUUCACACCUGACUUCUUCGGAAAGGAUCUCGCAAAAAGAAGCCAAAGAGAUGUUUGAACUGGCUAACAAAAUGGAACAAGAAUAUAAGCAUGUUAUAUCAGCUGUGAUCCCUGCUGCUGUCAACAUGCCGUACAUCAGUACUCAAGUGAAGUCGUGUGUGGACCAAGAACAAUCCAAAACUCUUUGGGUGCCUUCAGGGAGCCUCUGACUCUCCCCAGCGCAGAGUGAAAGAGCUGUUAUAUUUUGCAAAGAAUGAUAUCCUGGCUGAUUGGUUCGAAGCCACACAUUAUGCCACUGAUGCUGUUGAUUUAUGGCAUGUGACCCUUAGACAACCUGAGAGAAUAUAUUCGAUUUCUAGCAAUGUGUCUUGUACUACUCAAACUUACCCUGAAAUUCCAUGAUUUUUUAAAAGGUAGCAUAUCUGGUUUUAAUGCAUGUGGAAGAUUUUUAAUUUAUUCACAAUAUAAGAUUAUUUUUGUUGUUUGUUACACAGCAAUUUCUAUUUUUUGUUACUGGACCAAGCCCAAGAAGUACAAAAUAUCACCCAAUAUGGUUAUAUUUGUGCUGUAACAUUUUGAUCUUUGAAAAGUGUAAUGUUGUUAAGUCAAAAUAUGCGAUAAUGUGUAGAUAUUACCUUUUUGAAAGGUGUUUAACUUGGAUUGAUGAUAAUCCUUCAGAGGAAGGAAUCAGUAGGCCUGCCUGUGACAGGUGUCUUCCCUAUACCAAAGAGGUUUUAAGACAGUGAAGGAGACGGUAUCUGGUGGAUGUAACAAGCUACAUUACAUGUAGCUGCCUGCUGUGGCAGCAAUUGUCAGUAGACAAUAUUCCUUCUCACUUGUGCCUUAAUGGAGCUGGUGAGUGGCCUGUGUUUUGGCUUUAUAUCACUAAUUAGACCACCCACUUGCAGGUGCACAUGUCACUGACUUGAUAUUGGCCUCUCCUGAUCUCAGGUAUCACCAUGGCCUGGCUCUCAAUUACUUAGUGAACAGCAGUCAUCAUUAUCAGUCUACUGGAAGCUUUACCCUUACCUUGUUAAGGAAGUUAUUGUUAUUGACCUACUAGACAUUUUCAAAAUUCAGUGAAAGCCGUAAACUAGACACUUCCAGAUUUUGGUGAAUGCAGGAAAAUAAAAUUUUAGAGCAGUACAAGCUGCAGAAGGUGCAACUAUGAGAUUAGCUUUGAGGUAUUUGAAAUCUGUGAUUUCAAGGUCACUCUGGUAUUGUAGGAACCCUUGUGUCUUCCUUGUAGAGUAUGUUAUACCACCUUUCAGUUGUCUGAAAGUGUUUUGAAUGUAAAUUUUAAAAGCUGUAUCCACAUAAAAGUUCCACUUGAUCUGUUUACUUCCAUUUUGGUGCAUUGAUAGAGGUUAUUUACUGUUAGCUUUGUGGAAGAUCAGUUUUCAUAGUAUUUUUGAAAGAUGCUUUCACUUGUAUGUAGAAUUUAUUUAUUUCAUGUUUACAUUCAGAAGUAGAAGAAAUAGUAUACCCUAUUAAAUAUAAGCACUAACCUAUGGUGUUAGGUGUUCGUUGAGACUCAUGAAUUUGAUGUAUGAUCAGAUCAUUUUUGAAAUAUGAAUAAUAUCCCAUCAUUUGACUGAUCCAGCUGAAUUUAAAUCAUACUUCUUGGGGUGUUCCCAUUCCUGUCUUUCAUACUGUAACUUAGCCUGUAUAUGCAAGUGUACUUGCAAUGAUAUGUUAGUCCUUUUUGACUGACACUUCUUGCCCUCAACCUUGUUAUUACAAAGUUCUUGGCAACAUUUACUUUGAAAUAUGGAGAGAAUUGCCUGGAUUACAACGAUUUUACAUAUUCAUAUAUUGUGUUGUUGACUGAGGCUUACUAGGAGUGGUUUAUAUUUUGUAUGUACACCAUGUUAUAGUCUUGUAUAUUACUGUAAUAUAUCUACAGAUGUAAUUAAGGAGACUAUAUAUUAUGUUUACCUGUACUUUAUACAAAACUUUACUGUGAGCAAUAACAGUGGAGAGAAAGCUGUAUAAAUGUUUCUUAGUAAAAUUAAGAAUUUUAAGAUUUGAUUUGUUACAAAACCUUUUAUUUUGUGUAAUGAAUAGAUAAUGAUAGGCCAGAUUUUACAAGGCAGUAUCACCUAGAUAUGAAGUCUGGCUUUGAUGAAAUAUUUAAUGCCUGUAUUGUAUUAAGUCUACUUAUUAUGUGGCUAUGGUGCUGAACAUGCCAUGUGAUAUAGUGCAUUGUUUAAGCAUAUGAUUUGCAUGGAGAGCCACUAAAAACAUUGUUUGCUGAACCAUUGUGAUAAUGAAUAUUGCAACUGUGGAUCAUCCUCUGUGUCAGAGUAGACUUAAAAAGAAGUAUUUAAAUAGUCUAUACCUUUAGAUGUUGUGAGAAUAUAAGGUAAAUGUCUCAGUGAGAGUAAGAAAAUGAAAAAAAUUAUCAUGGUUAUUUGAUUAUUUUUGUCUUCUUUCUUUUUGACAAUUUUCUCUGACCAAUAUUGAUCCACAAAGAAAACUUUCACAGAAAACUAAAGCAACAUCCUCAAUUUUUACUGUCUAUUUAGAUGAUUGUUGGUUGAUUAUGUAUAACAGAGAAUAUUGGUUAUAUCAAAUAAAUUCAUUGGGUUAAGACAAUUAAAGCAAGGCAGUGAGUUAAUGCACACGUCUUUGUUAACAAAAGUAUGUCACCACAUUAUCUGUUAUUGCAAGCUAUGCUAAAUGCAAAUGAGAUGUUCUUUAUUGAUUUCAUGUGUGUGUGUUGUCAUGAGUUAAAAAUAUAUUGUUUUAAAAUUUAAA